UUUAUGGAAUUUCGUAUGGAGUAAGAAGUAUAUCAGAAUUAACCGAUUCUCAAAUUUUAAAUAUUAUAGAUCAGGUAACGGAAAAAGCACGUGAUAUGCUGACCAUUGGUCAGGAACAAAAUCAUAUGACCGAAAAAUUUGAGCCUGAAGUAAACGCACCAACUACCGCACCUAUUCCUUUAACAUACAUCUCUAAUUCUUCAGGUCCAGUCAAUAUGCCGGCCAUCCCAUAUGAUGCUCGUGCUCCCUACAUUAAUGUGGCUUUGAAAGAAUAUCCCUACCUAUCCUUAUAUAAUAGUGACAGACAUAAUGAUGCAUAUGAAUUUAAAAAUUCGGGUUUAUGUCCCGGAUGUGGAGAAAAGCAUACUGAAGGGAAGGUAGUUGGCCGAUGCAUAAAAGGUUCUUAUUACAUUAAGUGCCGGUCCUCACCGAAUGAAAAAGAAAUCAAGAUAAGUGCUUUACCGAAAACGAUUUCAUCAAUCACACAUCAAGCAA